GUUUACAUCUCUAGAUCAUAAGUUCAAGAAGUCACCACCAAAACCACAAAGAUGAAUAAUGGAAACCGCUCCGCAGUCACCUUUCACGACGACCAGGAACUUUCGCUCACCAGCGUCGAACGGGGACCUUUAUUCAUCACUAUCGAUGGAUACCGAGCUUUCGACUAUUCAUCUGUCGUCGAUGAUGAGGACGACCCACCCAUCGGAGACCCUGCCCUCGAAGAACUCAUCGUCGACGACCCACCAGCUGAAGUACCCCUUCUUCAACUCCGACUACAUACACAAUCACAGUCAUCUCGAUACCCACAUAUCAUCUUGUUGAUCCAGAUCAUCGAAUUGAUUGCUUUGAUCGGCAUGGUUUUCUACCUCCUCUUCAAUCAUUUUCCUCCGAAACCCGUACCCACUCCAACUAGACCGCCUCCCUCAACACCAGGCAGAUGGUGAAGGUCGAAUCCUAAUCUAGUGCGUCUAGAGGGAUGACUAAUAUAAGA